GAAGGGAACAUGGCGAGAGGUAGCAGAAGCCUGCGGAAAGUCGCUGAGUGCAUGAAACAGUUACCUUCCACAGCCAGCAGGGAAAUACCGACUAGAAACAACGUAAGGUACCUUUCAUCAUGUGGGAUCCUGAUGACGCGCGUGCCUCCUCUGCUGAGCGCCGCCAUGCCAGGGCGUGGCGUCGUGUUGCCUGCCCGCAGCUUCUUCAACCUCGCUGAUUCCUUCUCCAAGAGGAAAGAAUACUCAGAGAGACGCAUCAUGGGGUUUUCCAUGCAGGAGAUGUACGAUGUGGUGGCCACUGUGGAAGACUACCGCCACUUUGUCCCCUGGUGUAAGAAGUCUGAUGUGGUGUUCAAGCGAUCCGGAUUCUCCAAGGCCAAACUAACUGUGGGUUUUCCACCUGUGGUGGAGAAUUACACCUCUCUUAUCACCACAGUACGUCCCCACAUGGUCAAGGCAUCCUGCUCUGAUGGAAAACUGUUCAACCACUUGGAGACGGUCUGGCGCUUCAGCCCUGGCCUGCCGGGCUACCCUCGUACCUGCACCGUGGAUUUUGCUAUCUCUUUCGAGUUCCGUUCCCUCCUCCACUCCCAGCUAGCUCACGUCUUUUUUGACGAGGUGGUGAAGCAGAUGGUGUCGGCGUUUGAGCGUCGCACCUCCAAGAUACACGGUGCCGAGACGGUCAUUCCUCGCGAGCUAAUGUUCCACGAGGUGCACCACACGUAGCGUCACCCCUGCCGCCCAGACACACACACACAUGUACACGAGGAGAGGAAAAACGAGGGAGUAGAGAGAAUGAAGAGACUACCUGUGUUCUAACUGAAAACUGCAGUGCCUUUUCUCACAGCAAUGACCAAGUUUAUUCCCAGCAGCUUCCUAUAUCAUUUUUUUUUUAAAUCAUUGGUGUACUUCCACCGGCUAAUUGUGACCUCGGUGCUAGACGCAGGCUGACUUGCAGGGUUGUGAAACUGAGUUCAAAGGUAACAAACGUGUUUCCAUGGAGGCGGACCUAAAAGACCCUUCACGCAACCCAGGCAGUGAUGUUGACCAUGAUUGGUCAAGAGAGUACGUCAUCACAUCUGUAAACAUUAGCCAUACCUAAUAGUUAACUACACUGCUGUAACCACCUGUUUAACUACUGCUGGCAGCAGCACUACAACAACUAUGGCUGUAGGAUGACAAUGCACAGUACCUUAAAGUACAGGUUUGAUUCCAGCUCUUCUUUUAAGGGUGUGCUCCGUUUUCCUCUUCAGUGAUAUGAAUUAUAGAUGUAUAGAAGAUGAUCUUCCUCAUAUAACUGUGUUAAGAUACAAUCAAGUUUUAAGAGAGAAGUGUUUUAGCAGACAUGUGCAGGAGGCAGGAGUCCCAUGUGAGGCCACAGGAAGUUGCAGCGUGCUGAUUUAAGACUGAAGACUAAAUCCAAUAGUGUAGUCAGUGUGGAUGGCACAGGCAGUUAAUUGCUCGUCCUUGGUCGACCCCGCUUUUCACCAAGUGACCUAUAAUACAUGUACAGGUCCAACACUAAUCUCAAGGACCUUUUACUUGGUUUGCCAGACACAAGGCAGCCUGGCCCACAUCUGAAGUGAGUCAGGAGAUCAGUGGGAAAGGAUUAUACAGUAUUCUCUGAGCGUCCGACUCAGGUGUGAGGACUUAGAAAACGUAAUGAUUGGAGUAAAUGUGCAGUGAUGCUUCUUUUUCAUAUCAUGAUGCUCCUUUUUCAGGAAGGAGAAAGUGAAACACAAAAAAAAAAGAAAGAACUGAAAACAGUUGAAUCCAACAGUGCUGUGAAACCACACUAUCCACUGUGGAGAGACCAUAAUCAUCUUUUAACCUUGAAUCAUAAGCAGUGGUUAUAGCAGUGCAGCGUACUAAUGAGCAAAGCUUGUCUGUCAUGACAUACUUGUAACAUUUGUGAUGAUUUAAGUGCAAUGGAAAUGGGGAAAAAAAGGACUCAUUUCAAGAGUGGAACAAUAUGUGACACUUCACAGUUGAGCCAUUACUCAUGAACUUGUAAUGUUACAGCUGGUGCUCGUACCACAGAAGGGCAGAGGUUAAAGAGAGGGCAACAAUGCUCUCUUUUAAGUUCAGAGGAUGUGAUGAUGACCUGACCAGCACCGCCGAGUAAGACCAGGGUCCAAAUAGAUGUGAUCACUUCCAUUUUAAAAAAGGUCACAAAGCAGAGAUUAAUUAAUGUCUAAACUUCAAAUUAAAGAAUUUGGCUAAUGUAACAGUACCACAUGUAUUUAAUAAGAAUAAAUGGCAGGUGCAGGUUAGACACUGUGUCACUAGAAAUCAUGUUUUUAAGUUUCAGUCAGGUUUUGUAUAGAGGGUGUGUGGGAGGAUGUGAUAAAAUGACUGCAAACAGAUGUAGUAAAUGUACUGUAUAUUAUCAGGAAUACACACACCGUUCACAUGGUGCAGAGCUGUUAUUUUUCUCUAUUUCUCUGUAAGGGAUGUCGUCAUGUUUAUUUCUCCUGAACGUUACAUACACUAAUGCUCUCGUCAUUAUUAUGGGAGCCAUGCUGGACAUUAAGAGUCUCUAGAUUAGCAACAGUUUUCUUAAGUGUGCAAUAUAAGCAGUAUGAGGGCUAUUUUUAAACGUAGCUAGGUAAGCAACCAUACCCACUAUCAAUGUAAGGGCCCAGCUGGCUCGGCAGAGGCCGGGUCACACAUGCACACACACACGCACACACACACCUUGACCUGUCCUGUCAGUCAGGAUGCUGUUUAAGCGAGGUGUGACGAUUCCAACUGUCAAACCCACACCGCUCACUCAGUGCCUCUCUGCCAACUGGCUACAUAUUUAUCAUUAUUUUUAAGCAUUAUACUCAUUUUAUCAUAUUUAUUACUUAGUUGAAGAACAAGUGUAAAUAUCACACAAGAAAGAAAUAUCUAUCUAUAUAUAUAUAUAUAUAUAAACAUUGCUUUUAAAGAAAUGAAAAUGGGGUUUGUCUUUAUGUUUGAUGGGAUGGGGAAAGUUUUUUUGUGUAACUUUGAUUUCAGAAAAGAUCAG